GAGUGAAUUACAGUUCCUAAUCAAUUAAUUCAAAUCAGCUCUGUGGUUUGCCAAUGUCUCCACGCGCUUCCACUGCAAGUGCUUUUGAAUGUAGACGGUAGUAAUAAUUCUGUCGGCUUUACCUUUGUCGCCUGACACAGUUGGUACUCGGGAAUUAACGAAAUCAACCCAAAACCCAGAAAUCAAUUAAGAAGCAACGAAAGAGAGAGAAAGAUUUAGAGACAAAGUCCAAGCGUAAAUGGAGAAAAAUCAAAUCUUUGUUUGAAGGGUAUUUAGUGAUACAACAGGAACAUGGAAAAUCAAGAAGAUGAAGCUUCAACAACACAACAGCCAUCCUCAACAUAUUAUCUAUUCUUAACAAUUAUGAGCAAAAGGAGAACAUGGAGCAAAGCCAAGUCACUACUGCAGCUUCUUGUGGGUGGCCUGCGUUGUAUGCGUCUGUUCUUUUAGGGGCUGUUUUUGGAUUCCUUUCAAUGGUUGCAGCUCUUGCAGUGGCUGUGCCAGCCACCUUGGUAAUAUGGAUCACAGUUCUGGUCUUGUUGACUUUCUUUGGAAAGCCAAGGAGGGCAUUGGUGAUUGAGGGAAGAAAGAUCACUAGAGAAAUUGUUGGGUGUGUGUUAAAGAUUUUGUUAAAGGAAGGGAAUGUUGUGGCUGCUGUUUGUGCUGUUCUAGGCUACUUUGCUCUGGUUAGAAGGAAUUAUGAAGGCAAUUGAUGGGUUUCUUGUUUUAAUUAGCUGGGUUAGUUGCUUAGGGCAGUUGGGAAAGAAAGUGUUCGAUGAUUUUCUCUUUGUUUUGUGGUGCUUGAACUAGGAAUAAGAACUGGGGAAGCUAAAGGGGAUGUGUAAACAGUAUUACUAAUCUACUGUAAUAUGGUCAUUCUAAUCAAGUUGAUGAGCAGGUUUUUUUUUUUAAUUCUUUUAUUAAUGUUUAUCACUUUCUACAA